AUGGAUCUGACCUCAGAGGCAAUCCACGACGUGAUACACCCGACGGCAAUCUACGAAUUGCCAAUCGACCGCCUUGUGCCAGACCAAAACCAGACCGACUCGCUCGAGACCUCGUGGGGGGAGUCGCAACUGAACCCAAAGAAUCGAAUCGACAGCCUCGCGCCCUUGAGAUCGGCACUCUGGACCAUAGAUGGCGGAGCCGGAUUGGGCACACAAUACUUCGCAGUUGCUACCUUCAUCAAAGAUGCUCCCCCGAUGCGCUUCGAUGUGUUCAUAUCUGAGAAGGCAACAGAGUCGCGAUUGGUACGAGAACUCCUUGACCUGGACGACGCUUUUCACGCCCGUGAUCGCACCCGAGUCCAGCAGCAGGCCAUUGCCUCUUACAUCGUCAGAGCGCUGCAACUAUGGACAACGCAAGUGUGCGGGCUGGAGAGGGUCAAGGACAUGUACUAUAACCAGCCUUUUGGCACCCGGAUCGUCUUUGAGAAUCUCCCUCUAAAUGUUCGCGAUGCCAAAAUUGUCAUUGGUCCAAUGCAUAAUCUCGAGUACCACCAGCUUUCCCCUCGGGAACUGGGGGAAAUGUGGCAGAUGGACGCGGAGGAAAUGCCACCGACUGUUGAUCUCUUCAGCUUGAUCCAUGUUCGACAGCUGCAGGACAGUGUGUGCCUAGUCAAAUAUCGUGGAGAGGAGGGGAAAGAGGUGCUCUGGGCGCUCAAGGCCCUCAUCAGCAGUGUCAAGUACAUGUACCACGAGCUCCGAAACCUCCUGACCAUGCCGCUCCACCCAAACGUGCUCGACCGACCAACCAGACUGGUCACGAAAAAGACACGGUCCAACGCGAGGAGGACAGUGGUCAUCGGCUUCCUGGAGCCAUACUACUCGGGGAUCAACCUGCGGGACGCACUGCCGGUGCUGCGGAUGAACAAGAAGCUCUACCUCGAGGACCAGGUCCGCUGGGCCAAGCAGAUAUGCUCGGGGCUGGUCCACAUCCGACAGAAGGGCAAGAUGUAUUACGCGGACAUGCGCCUGGACCAGAUAGUGCUGACACCCGACAACACGCGGCCCGUGAUCAUCGACUUCGAGCAGCGCGGCGUGUGGUGCGAAUUCGCCUCCCCAGAAGUCAACGCGCUCGAAUACAUGCGCAUCCUCGCCAGCGACGACGAAGACGACGAAGACGACGACGAAAGCUACGUGGCGGUGCCGACGGCGGCCGAGGCGGCCCAGCUCCGCAACCGCGACCUCCGCUUGCGCUACGCCGCGCUCCUCGACCGGCUGCACCCCGGGUGGCGGGACCUCGGCGGCACAGACAACCACUACCACAACCCACCGCACGGCUACAAUGUGGCCUGGGCGUGCCUGACGCCCACGGAGCAGGAGCGCGCCGAGGUCUACAUGCUCGGCCGGCUGCUGUGGUGCGUCUUCGAGGGCAUGAGCGCCCCACAGCGCGGCGCCGUCUGGCAGUCGUACCGCAACGAGCCCGAGUUCGAGUUCCCGGCGUUCGAGCGCACGCCGCCGGAGCUCAGGCCCCUUAUCGAACGCUGCACCGGCGGCAGGCGACCCCAGCUCAGCGGCCUCGUCGUCCGGAAGGGCAGCAAGCUCGAGCUGCGUGGUGAGCUCGGGUCAUCAGAACUGUUCCGGCCUGCGGAGAGGGAUUCAAAAUACUACAGGGGCCGGGGAGAAAGAGUUCGCGUGAUACGCCAGGUCGCCGCCAACUUCUGGAGGGAGGAGGUCGCCUGGGCUGAGAAUUUCCUGCUAGAGAGGGAGAGGAAGAUGAAGAAUGGGACAUGGAAUGAGAACAUCUUCAACCGGCCUUCGCUUGAGGAGGUCGACGGUGCAAUGGAAGCUUUCCAGCGCAAGGUGCUGGGUGAGUAA